UUGUUGUUUGAAUUUUCGACUUCAUUCAUCUGUCACGUCCUUGUAUGUGACGACUGCUGCCUUAUAGUCCUGUGACAGCAGGGUCUACGUAGUGAGCAGCUCUGUGCCGAGCUGCCACGCCCUUUUGAUACAACGUGGUUCGGCCAGUGUCUUGUCCCACGUGCUUAGCAUGUAGGUUGAGCGACACACGCUUUCCCACGUAGGUGACAUGCCUUCUUGGCAUGGCACAUCAUGUGACCCAACGUCGGAACCUGGUCAGGUAGGUUCUCGCAUUGUACAUUUCCUGGAAGUGUUUCUCUUCCUGGAAAUGUGACUCCAGGCUUUGUGCAAAACCACGUCGAUACGACGUUCUACAGGUUUCCAGGAUGCCUCGGUGCUUUGUGCAAAGAGCCAAUACUAACAGAGCUAAGUGCGAAGAGCGCAGAGCCAAGACGGGCGGCGCAAGAGCCAAAGCCGUCACCGCGCCCGGUCAAGGGUAUCACGCAAGCAGAGCAAAGAAUAUCGCAGAACUUACCCAUAAGAAGCCGCUGAGCAAUGGCACGUUGGGUGAGCGGGCUCCCCAACGUGACCCUCAUAUACGCACAUUUUACUCUGAUGUGGGUGAGCGUGACAAUCUUUGUCUGUUGAUCGUGUGGGGUUGAACUUGGACCAAGCCAGCUAUAUUGGCUGGCCCCUGGGUUGUGUUGGGCUUGUCGUGAGGCCACACGUCUAUUCAGUCGCCCCUCGUAGUGAUUUCUGGGUCCGGUCACGGAGCACAGGGAUGCGACAUUUGGUGCUGUGACCAGGAUGGUCUAAGUUCUCCUCACUCCGUAACUGCAACGACACGAUGUCCACUGCAGUCUUUUGUGAACAACCUUGUCUCUGAUAGCAGGUCCUUGGCGAUAGACGUGGCAGAGCAACAGCAGUGUUGGACGCUCCAACUUGGUACGAGGAAAACUUCGAGUGCGUUCCUCUUUCGGAUCCAGCACUGGCUUUCGUUCUGUUUCUCGUGUUCCUGUAGCGCUGCAGUGCGAGUUUGUAGUGCACAACGAGCUUGCUUUGCUGCGGACUACAUGGCGGACACCAAGGUGCGAAUUUUUUUGCCAGUUGCACGAUCAAUCAAGGAGUUGUUUGCAUCCAUGCAGUUCUCAAGUACAAGUGCAGUGCAUGUUUUUUCAGCUUCAGAUAUGGAAGGGUUCGUGAACCCGUGUACCAUGUGUACGCACAUGACCUGUAAACAGGGCUUGGGUCCUCUUUGCACAGCGUUGUGAAAAUAGUCACUACGAGUCGGCACUAAGAAAGCUGCUGUCGCUACCAGCGUGGUUUGGGCGCAUGGCGAUCCCUGUGCUCUCGGUCGAGGCCGAGAAAGAGUUUUCUGCCUCCAGACAUAAUUAUGGCUCCUGUGGCUUCUUGCAUCAGACCAGCAGCACUUCCAACAAGCACCAACGAUAUUGCCCUAGUUGACCAGCUGAACGAGGCAAUAGCCCUUAGUCGGCAGGAGGCAGGGCGCGUUCGAAGGGAGAGAGCUACCCGAGCUACAGAUCUAGUUAGCGAAACACGUCCGGACCUGACAGCAAGGCAAGUGCUAUUAGUGGAGAUGGCCGCUGACAAGGGCGUAUCGUCUUGGGUAACGGCAGAACCAUCAUCCCAAAUGCAGAUUAAGAACUCAGAAGGUGAGCCAAAGAAAAAUUUGUAACAUGGGAAAUUGUGGGCACAAGUUAUGCGAUCGAGUCCACCAACUAAACCAGAUUUUGAACAGUCUAACCAACUGCCUUCCAACUUGGAAGGUGCAUGGAUAUUAGUGCUAAUUCCAAAGAGGGGAAGGCGAGCGCCAUCGAGCCGAGCACAAGCUACAUUCCAAUGCUUCAUGGAAUGCUGGCCUGGUAUGAUGACGGGACGGCAAGACCAGACAGAACGGUCAAACCACAAUUCGACAACGCAAAGCAACAACCACCCAACUUGGGAGGCUCAAUAUUAUCAGAGAUGAAAAUAUCAAUGGGAAGCUGCGCCAGGACAAAUUGUAGCAAACCGAACGCCAGUAUCCUACAGUACUGUACUUAUCACUAAUAUCCAUGCACCUUCCAAUUGGGAAGGCCAUUGGUUAGCACUAUCGAGCAGUGCUCAAGCUGACUUUCAUGUCAUGGAAUGUCUCAGUACUCCUUGUCAGUUUUGUGCUAGAUUGUGCACGUCUGGCUGUUCAAAUUCUGGUUUAGUUGGUGGACUCGAUCGCAUAACUUGUGCCCACAAUUUCCCAUGUUACAAAUUUUUCCCCUGGCUCACCAUCUGAGUUCUGAAUGCACACCUGAAGACCCGUCAUGAACAAUACAGCGAAACGAUCGCCGUGCAAUACUAUACAUGUCAGUUAUUUCAAUUAGUUAGUCCAUCAUUGUCAUCAACAAACAAUAUCCUAUAUAUUCCACUCCAAAAUCGAUGCGUGGUUUAUAGCGCAGCCUAAUUGUUUACCUCUCUUUCUCUUUGUGAUUGAAUUAGCGCUUCUGUUAGUUGUGUCUGGCAGGGUUCAGAAAACCUCCAUUCUACACUAUUCGGUUUGUGUUGGUUUGUCAUGUAUGUGUGUUAGUUGACUGUUAACACCUUGUGCCAGUAUCUCAAUCUUCUGUAUAAAGUACUAUUCUCUUAUCCAACCCUUUUCAUUCAACAUCUGUUCUCCUCUCGUGAGUUCCCACUAUCCUAUGGAACAAAACAAGCUUGUCAGGAGUAGCGUGUAUUACUUGCUGUUCUAGCGUGUUGCUGGUGAGCUGUUCAUGGUGAACUGUUUCUGCUGGUGUUCCCAAGCGUCGUCUGGUCUCGUCUGGUCGAAAAAAAGAAUCUUCUACUUCUACUACUAUGAAUCGACGGAUCAAAUGAAGAUGGCAUCAUUGAAUUUUGAAAGUUGGAUGGCUAAACAUUACUAUGCAACUUGGAUCAGUGUGCGAACAUAGUUGGUUUGGCUUCGCUCUGUUAUUGUGAGCAGCGCUGGCCCCUCGUUCUUGUACCUUGUUUCAGUGAGCAUUUUAGUCGAUUUCUGUAUUUUGCCCAAUACCCAAGGAACGGAGGAGGGUCUCUGGACCAAACCAUCAUAGUGGGCGAACAAGGUCCACACAGGGAUAAAAGGAGCCAACUUUGAGCGAAAUCGGAAAUUGUGCCAUGUCGGGUGGUAUUUGGUCGUUACAGACAUUGGUUCUUAACCCUUUGCGGUGCAUCAGUCAUUUACGACUGAUAUUUUCUGGGGGUGGGUUGUAUGCUCCCAGCGCUUGUGUACAUCGUCUGAAUGGGCUUAGAUUUGGCACACACAUAGUAGAUACAUAGGGGAACAAGCUGAAGGGGUAAAAGACCCGGGGUCCGUUCUAAAAAUAUUGAGUUAUCCUCGAUCGUAGUCAGCGUUUCGACGCGCGGCGAAGCGCAGCGGAGCGCAUCCUCUGCAUACAAACUAAAGCCGCGUGCCCCAUCUGACUGUAUACUUGGGAAAAGAAACGAUGUCUUGUUGCCGAAGUACAACACACUUGUUUCUUGUCGUUCGAAAAUGGACGCGGAGCAAGCUCUCAAUCUCUUACAGAACCUCGAGGCCGACGAUGAGCCUCUGCCUGCUGAGAGCUCUGACUCUUCUGAAGGCGACUUCAUGUCGUCGAGCGAAGAGGAAGAGCUGGACCGAGAGCUUGACGGCUAUGUCAGUUCCGAUGACGGAUCAGCUGACGAUCAGGUGGACGACGAUGUUGGUGAUGAGCCUGUUCCGUUGCAGGGCCAAGGACAACCAAGAGGCGGAGGGCGUGGUGUUCAGCAGGGUGGAAGAGGACAAGGACAGGCAGCCGUAGCGAGGGGUCAUGGCGGUGGUGCAGGUCGUGGCGGUGGCGCAGGCCGCGGUGCUGGCGCAGGUCGCGGUGCUCGCGCAGGUCGCGCUGCUGGCGCAGGUCGCGGAGCUGGCGCAGGUCGUGGAAGAGGCCGAGGACGCGGUGCUGGACUUGGUUACGCACCGUUGUCGUCCAUGGAUGUCGUCGAUGACGAUGGACCUCAGCAGAUUCCUGUGUUUCAGCCGUCCAGUGAACCUGGACUAAAACUGCCUCCUGGGUUUGUUGUCGACUCGGAGGCGAGUGUCUUCAAACUAUUUUUCACACCUGAAAUAGUAGCAGACAUUGUCAAGUUCACGAAUGCCUACGCUGAUGCACACAUCGACCAGCGCCCUUCCUACAAAAAUAAAGAUGGCCUAUGGACAGCAACAACAAGUGCAGAAAUGUACAAACUUCUUGCCCUACUUCUCUAUAUGGCUUACCUUCCUCGUCCCGAACUGGCUGAUUAUUACAAAACUACUUCUCUCUUUGCUGGUGGUUAUGCCAGGCUGAUGAUACCAUCCCACAAGCGGUUCAAGGCGCUGAUGUCCUUUCUGAAGGUUGUGGAUCAUACAACUGAGAACCCGGAAGACCGUCUCCGAAAGGUGCGUCACCUGAUCGAGCAUUUUCGCACAAAGUGUCGUACGUUAUUCAAGCCGUCACAAAACAUCGCGGUGGACGAACGGAUGAUUCGGUGCAAGGGCCGCGCAUCUUUCAUCCAGUACAUGCCAGCAAAGCCGACAAAAUGGGGGUUCAAAGCGUUUGCCCUCUGCGACAGCGCUAGUGCCAUUCUGUGCGACUUUGAAAUUUAUACUGGCCAGGGCAAUACCGCAGGUGGACUGGCGCAUGAUGUGGUGAUACGCUUGGUGGAGUAUCUAGGCAACCAGCACCAUGUCGUGUACGUUGACAAUUUUUACACGUCUGAGAAGCUGCUGAUGUCCCUGAAGAACCUGAAUACCAGCAUCGUCGGAACGAUACGACAGAAUCGAAUCGGCUUUCCGGCAGAAAUGAAAGUCGACUCGAAACGGUUCGAAAAGUGGGCAGCGCGGGGGACGAUCCGCUACAUUCGCAAGCAGGAUGCAUUGUAUGUGCAAUGGAAGGAUAAGAGGUGUGUAUCAGUCCUCUCCUCGAUCCAUAGGGGAAACAGUACUGUCAUGGUUGCAAGGAAAACCAAGGAUGCACAGGGUCACUUCCUUCAAAUUGACAUCACUCAGCCUCGGUGUAUCGCAGACUACAACCGUAGUAUGGGUGGUGUUGACACGUUCGACCAGCUUAUUGAAACAUAUCGCACGCUACGACGAACGAGAAAGUCGUGGAAAAGUAUAUUUUAUGAUUUGAUUGAUGUUGCUGCAGUCAAUUCUUUUCGAUACUUUGAAAUAUGGCGUGCUAACCACCCCGGUCAACUGCCACGUACAGCACACAGUCGGCAUUCCGAUUUUCAGUCUGGCCUUAUUCGGCAGCUGGCUGAAAUUGCUGUGGAUGAGCCCCCGCCCAAGCGAACCUAUGUCCAAGCUGGUGUCCACGCUCCACCGCCUCCAGCAGCACCAGCAGCUGAACAAGAACCCGUAGUGGCAGCAGGAGCAGCCGCACCAGCAGAAGCCGCCGUACCAGCAGAAGCCGCCGUACCAGCAGUAGCAGCCGCACCAGCAGUAGCAGCCGCACCAGCAGUAGCAGACGUGCCAGCAGAAGCCGUCGUAUCAGCAGUAGCAGUCGCACCAGCAGUAGCAGCCGCACCAGCAGUAGCAGACGUGCCAGCAGUAGCAGACGUGCCAGCAGAAGCCGUCGUACCAGCAGUAGCAGUCGCACCAGCAGUAGCAGCCGCACCAGCAGUAGCAGACGUGCCAGCAGUAGCAGACGUGCCAGCAGCAGCCGUCGUACCAGCAGUAGCAGUCGCACCAGCAGUAGCAGCCGCACCAGCAGUAGCAGACGUGCCAGCAGUAGCAGACGUGCCAGCAGAAGCCGUCGUACCAGCAGUAGCAGUCGCACCAGCAGUAGCAGCCGCACCAGCAGUAGCAGCCGCACCAGCAGUAGCAGCCGCACCAGCAGUAGCAGCCGCACCAGCAGGAGCAGCCGCACCAGCAGUAGCCGCACCAGCAGUAGCAGCCGCACCAGAAGCAGCAGCCGCACCAGAAGCAGCAGCCGCACCAGAAGCAGCCGCGCCAGAAGUUGUACCAGCCGCACCAGCAGCAGUAGCUGAACCAGCAGCAAUAGCAGCAGCUGCACCCGAGAUGCACAUACCCAAGUACGAUGCUCAAAGGAAAAACUGUCAGCAAUGCUAUGACGUUGACAAGGUUCAGCUCAGGGUCACUACAUACUGCAAGGCCUGUGGAGUGUUUCUUCACAUAGGACCACGGGAUUGUUUUGACAAGUACCAUACACGGAAUUUUGCCUGAAAUGUUGCUGGCACAAGACUGCACUUUGUAAAUGCACUACAACGUGGCAUCGUACCUUUCUAAUGCGGACUGUGUUUACCACCAUAUGCAGUAUAACUUGUAUGCCAAUCGGUGCUGCAUAUCUCACAAUGUUUUGUUCCUUUUUCUCAUGCAAAGAGCAGACUCAUGUAUACACAGGGAUGGUGACUUGGGCUUUUGGAAUGUUUUUUUUCACAGUAGACCGGGUAGUGAUAUCGGCUGACAUAGUGAUGUUCAGCAUGGCGUGUUCUAUAUUUCCAUUGGCUGGUGUAUCCUUGUGAGUGUUUCCUAUCCCUUUCCAGACUCUUUCUGGUGCAGACCACCUACUUUUGUGGAAAAUUCAACCACUAUAUCUUAGAAGCCAUGGUGAUGGCUGAAUUGGACCGUUCGUACUAUCGUUGCCAAUAGUAAUUUGAUAUUUUCGUCAAUAUUACUUGGAAACAAAGCGCUGGACAUCUUUUCAUCCUAUUCCUUGUUCUUUUCUGAUGCGAAAAAUG